CACAUACACACCCACCCACCGCGCGCGGCCUUGCUGGCUGGCUGGUACGGUUGAUGGGCAGCAGCUUCCCCGGCGGCGAGAUGUGCAUGGAGGGCAGCCGCCCGGCGGGGAGGCGCGGGGCCAAGAAGCAGGCGGCGGCGGAACACAAGGCCAACAGGCAGCCGCAGCGCGGCCUGGGCGUCGCGCAGCUCGAGAAGAUCCGACUCCACAACCAGAUGAUGGCCGCCUACCGCUCAGCCGGCGGAGGCCUGCACCCGGCCGCCACGGCUGCGCAGCAGGCGCCGUUCGCCGCUCCGGUGCCCGCCGGCGCCUCCUCGUUCCAGCCCUACUUCACGAACUGCUUCGAGGAGACGGAGCGGGGCAUCGUGCCCGUGCGGGUGCAGCAGUACUACGACGGCCACCACCACCUGCCGUACGGGUCGAGCCCGCCGCCGCCGUCGCUGUUCGCGCACGGCGUCAGGGAUUCCUCCGGCCACAGGCUGGGGCAGCCGCCGCUGCAGCAGUACUGCUUGAUGAGCAGCGCGAGCGACGGGUCCAGGUCCAGCCACGGCAGCGCGGAGGAGCUCGACCUGGAGCUCAGAUUGUAGCAGCUCAUUAAGCAGCUGCUGCUGCCUCUGCCUGCAGCGAUUUAGUUAGCUUAAUUUGUUCUGGGUUGGGGGGUUGGUCCUAUGUACUACUACAUAGGCUGAGCGACGAUCUGAAACACAGUUUGGUCAGAUGCGCAUGGGCGAAGCAUCAUGCAGCACCUAGCUACCACUGUGGGAAAUGACGGAGGAUCGGAGGAGAGCAGAGCCUGCUACAGAUUACUAAUUAGCUAGCCUAUUGCCUGACCUGCUAUGUAAAUUAAGAAAUGUCAGAGCAUUUUAAUUGAGUCAUGCAUUUUUUUUCCAAGCGGAAACCUGUUGCAUUUUUUUUUUCUGAUGGGAGAAUGACUAGUUUUGUUUGCCA